CUGUGGCUGACUUACCUAUAUUCUAGCAAGCAGGACUGCCAGAUGUGAAGGGGAAAUCCCCAAUAAAUUGUUGCAUGUGACUGAUGAUGUGAGCAUGUUCGUUUCAUAAUAAAAAUGUUGCCAGGUAACCAAAAAGUCGUAUGUUUUUGUGCGAAUUACGAUCAUAAUCUUUACGAUCGUACAUUAAAAAAUAGACAAAUAAUAGUAUGAGUACGAUUUAAAUCGUAUAUCUGUCAACCCUGCUAGCAAGACAGCGACAAAAUCACGUUGCAUAACAAUGUAGCCCAAGCUUAUAUCUUAUGAAAUAUACGGAAGAGAUACGGACUUAGAAAAAACAGAAAUGUUGUUCUUUGUGGAAGUCAUUGAUGAAAUUCUAUGUAUUUUAGCCCGCAAACUUUCUUCAAACAAAAACAGCGCCAUCUAGUAUCGAGUUCUGUAAUUAUCUCUUUGUUUAUGGAUUUGAAGUAAGACCGCCACGCAUGCAAUACAUUAUGACUGGGGAUUCCCCUUUUCGUCGACGCUGAAUAUGAGGCGACGACAAUCACUGUCAAACGUGUUCACUAUUACUCUGACUCUGGUAACGUGACUUCCUGGUAACGUGUUAGGUAGGAAAAGCAGUAAAAAAGUGCAUAUUAAGGGAGCAGAUUUGAAAUAAUAUUUAUACUUAACAAGAAAUAAUUAAAGGUUCAAUGGGGAGACCUAAAGAUUUACGCAUAUGGGAGCACUACCGUACUUUACCAAACAAGUCUGUUUCUUGCAAGCUUUGUAAUAAGGUCUACAAAUUCAGUAAUGCUGCCAAAAUGCUUCAACAUCUUAUCACUUGUCCAAAAUCUCCAGAAACAUUAAAAGACUCUAUGAAACUUAUAAAAGAUAGCUCGUCCAAAACCAAAAUGUCUGGACUGUCAGAGAUAGAGACAAAUGAUUCUUUUAUAAGCCCCUCGUCGUCUGCUAACACUACAAUAAAUGCUGAGUUUCAAGACACCGAUGAUCAUAUAAAAACAGAAUUAGCGAGAGCUAUAUUUGUAACAGGGACGCCAUUAUCGAUGGUGCAACAUCCUUUAUGGAUACAAUUUUUCGAAAAAUUGCAACCAAAAUUUAAAAUACCUUCACGUAAAGCUUUAGCGACAAAAUACUUAGAUAAAAUAUAUAGAGAAAUGCGUUUUGAGUUAAAUGAGGAACUAAAUGCUUGUAGUUACUUACACCUUCAGUGCGAUGGCUGGUCUAAUUUAAGAAAUGAAGGAAUAAUAAACUUUCUUAUAUCAAAACCUCAACCUGCAUACGUUAAAAGUUUGAAUACAGAAAGUAAUCCUCACACUAGUGAAUACCUUAGCCAAGAAGUUGAAAAAGUAAUGAAAGUGUAUGGAGCAAAUAAGUUUCUUGUACUUAUUGGCGAUAACGCUAGAAAUAUACAAAAGGCAUUCGAAUUAACAAAACUCAAAUAUCCACAUGUUGUUCCUCUCGGUUGCUGUGCACAUAUCCUUAACUUGUUGUGCCAAGAUAUUGUAAAGAUACAAGAAGUAACUGUGUUUAUUAUGCAAGCCAUAAAUAUAAUAAAAACUGUUAAAAGGAGUCAACGAUUAAGUUCCUUGUUGAUAAAAUCAAGGCAGGGUGAAGAUUCUACACAAACACUAAAAUUGCCUUGUGCUACAAGAUGGGGAAGUCAUGUUACUUCGUUAAAAAGUUUGAAAGCAAAUAAGAUAGCUUUGCAAAUAUUAACAGUUAGAGAAGAUGUGGUAAUUUCAAGAGAUAUUAAAGAUUUAAUUCUAAGUGAUGAUUUCUGGACGAAGACAGGGGAAUGUAUAAGUAUUUUGGAACCAGUCACUGAAAGCAUAUUUUACUUAGAGAGCGACCAGAAUCGUUUGCAUCGCACAUACAUUACAUUUAGAGAUGUACAAGCUAAGAUACGUUUUGCAUUAAAUGAGAUUUCGACAUUGAGCGAAGAAAGCAAACAGCAGAUUCUAACAUCAGUAUCUUCAAGAUGCAAUAUGGCAAUGAGGCCAAUACAUUUUGCAGCAUAUAUUCUAGACCCCAGGACUCUAGGAGUCGAACUUACUCAAGAGGAAGAACUUAAGGGUAUGGAGUUUAUCUACAAUUUAAGCCAACACUUAAGUUUGUCAAAUGUAAUGGCAGAUUUGGCGUGUUAUAAAGCUAAAGAAAACUUUUGGGCCAGAGGAUUUGUAUGGAGCUCAUUAGAUAGCAUUGAGCCCCUAAUAUGGUGGAAAGGUAUUUGUGGUUCCACUGAGUUAAGCAAAGUAGCGAUUCGUAUUCUAUCAGCUCCCUGUACUUCGGCAGCCACUGAGCGUUCCUUUAGUAUCCAAGGCUACAUACAUAAUAACAAAAGAAAUCGACUUACAACUGAAAGAACUGAAAAAAUUUCAUUCAUUUGUUAUAACUGGAAUCUUAAACAUAAAGCUGAAUGCGAGGACAUUCAGUUUAAUGAAGAAAAUACCUUAGAAGCUUUCAUUGAGCAAGUAAAUGAACAUAACAGUUUAGACGAAAUAGAGCCUAUCGAACCUAUACAAUUCAUCGCUUGUAAUAACUCUGAAUCUGACAGUGAUUGACUGUAGUUUUACAUUUUACUUUCAUCUCUUUCUUAAUAAACUCAAAAUCAAAUUAAAAGUUUUUUAUUCUGUAGGCUGCAUAAUAAUAUUGUCUAUGUCCAGUAUAGUGGACGUCUUGCGGCUGAGAUGACGAUGAUGAAGUACAAAAUCAUAAACACCCAAAAAUUUGGGUGUUUAUGGGGUUUAAACCCAAUAAACCCAAAACACCCGGUUUUUACCCACCAGACUUUAAACCCACCCAGGUGGAUUGCCC